CGCACUGACGGGUCCAUCAUCAUCAUCAUCAUCAUCAUCCUUCUGUGUUUUAUUGAGGAAUAAAAGCACCACAUGGACUUUGCAUUGGGGAUUUGUUGCUCCGCUUUAUAGUUUUUUUUAAUUUUCUAAAAAAAAAGUUGAAUCAUGUUGAUAAAUAAUAACAAGAAGACAGCCAUCUCUGUGGGCAUCACAGCGUGCCUCUGCCUGCUGCUGCUGCUGCUGGUGGUGCAGCAUCACCGCGUCCAGGUGGAUGGAGACGCAGCUGGAGGAGGAGGAGGAGGAGGAGGAGGAGGAGGAGAGCCGGGGACGCGCUCUCUGCUCCAGGAUGCCGCGCAGGAGGAGCAGAGGGACCCGCAAACCAAGAAGGGAUUCUCUGCGUACUUCACCAAACUGACCCGGGGACGCAGGGAGGUGGAGAAGCCUGCGAGCUCCUCCGGGUCCGCCGCCGACGCGCCUCCAGCCGAGGACAUCGGAGCCAAUGACAUCUUCAUCGCAGUGAAGACCACCAAGAAGUUCCAUCAGUCCAGACUCAACCUGCUGCUGGACACGUGGAUCUCAAGAAACAUGCAACAGACGUACAUCUUCACAGACGGAGAGGAUGAGGAGCUGAAAAAGAAAAUUGGGAGUCACGCAAUCAACACAAACUGCUCUGCAGCUCACAGCAGACAAGCUCUUUCGUGCAAGAUGGCGGUGGAAUAUGACAAGUUCAUAGAGUCGGGGAAAAAGUGGUUCUGUCACGUAGAUGACGACAACUACGUGAAUGUUCGGACUCUGGUGAAGCACCUGUCCCAGUACUCCCACACCCAGGACAUGUACAUCGGUAAACCCAGUCUGGACCGGCCCAUCGAGGCCACAGAGAGGCUGGGGGACAAUAAGAUGAAACCAGUCAACUUCUGGUUUGCUACCGGAGGAGCAGGCUUCUGUGUGAGCCGAGGUCUGGCGCUGAAGAUGAGCCCGUGGGCCAGCGGCGGCCACUUCAUGAACACAGCGGAGAAGAUCCGUCUGCCCGACGACUGCACCGUCGGCUACAUCAUCGAGUCGGUUCUGGGGGUUCCUCUGACCCGCAGCAACCUGUUUCACUCCCACCUGGAGAACCUCCAACAAGUGUCCAGAUCUGAGAUACACAAGCAGAUCACCCUAAGUUAUGGAAUGUUUGAAAACAAGAGUAAUAUCAUCAAUUACAAAGGGGCUUUUCCUGUGGAGGAGGAUCCAUCAAGGUUCAGGUCUGUGCACUGUCUCCUGUACCCAGACACCCCCUGGUGUCCCCCUCAGGUUGCCUUUUAGGGCGACCGCUCCUUUCUCAUCCUCGUCCCCGUCGUGCCUCGGUAUCUGAAAGGCUCGUGGGGACCAGUGUUUGGUAUUAGACCGCACGGCUGCUGUAUUGUUGCUGCAGUUUAUGUGCGGUCUUUAAUAGUUUUACUGGGCUGCUGUGCGGCCCGCCUCGGGACUAUUCCUUCCUGUCCGGAGCCAGGACCUCGCCCCAUUAUGUUGUGGUCGAAGGACCCCAGCUCUCGGCAGGAAGUUGCUUUCAGCGUUAAGCUUUGCAGGCAAUCAGUUGAGCUUUUGUGAUGUAUAUGUUGCUUGUAAAUGUAUCUGCAAUUCUCAUAGAAUGUAUUGACAUAUAUUCAAGCCUUUUUGCCAGCUUUUCAUUAACAUUUAUUUGUUUUUCGCUUUUUAAAAAUGCAAAGCCAUACAGGUCUUUGUUUGUAGGCUUUCGUUGGCUUUUAUGACGUAUAAUUGGCUAUUUUGUUUAGAUCUUUUUACUCCGAUGACUCCGGACAAAUGCUCUAAUAUGAAGAUUUUGAUGUGCUUUUAAGUUAACAGUGUUAUUUCUCCCAUGAACUGAGCUGGCAGGAGGCAGAUUCCCAAAUGCAUCUUUUGGUGACCUAAUCUGAGGUAUAUCAGGACAAAGCACUUUUCCCUUUGCAAAAUUUUUUGGUCAACUGACUUAAUUUACGUCCUUUUUAAUGACAUGCCUCAGAUUUGUGUCCAGGAAUAACAAAAAAAAAGAAGAAUAAUCCUUCAAAAUCUCUUAUCUACUCGUGUUUUUAAUUACACUCCUUGCAUUUGUUACAAUCGAGGAAGAAUAAUGAGUGGAAGAGAUUUUGGGUUACAAUCAGCUUUUGAAUUGUUUUGAAAUGUUUUUUUUUUUUUUUUAUUGUUAUUGAAAAAUUGCACAGCUGAGUUUCAAAUGAACUGAUGUUUGCUCCUGAAAAGACGCUCACCUCAAAAGGUCCAACAGUGAAGAAUUAGUGAAAAGCAAAUAAGAAUCACAUUGAAAAAAACAGCAUUUAAAGAAUAACCACAUGUGUGAUCUGAGCCACAGUCUAUAAUAGUUUGCACAAAAGACUGCUGAGCUUCUCUGUUGUCAUCAACAUUAAUAUUCUGUAUUUACACAUAAUAUUGGCUGGUUACCGCUGAGGCCUGUGAGGUGAGAACUUUACAAGAGCAACAUGAGUAUUUUCACAUGGAGGGGUUUGCUCCCUCUGUGUCGUAUUUAACCCAUAUUGGGUCGCACUGUACAUUUUGAUUGCAGUAUUGUGUACUGUUCCCUGUUAAAUGAGUAGUAUAAUGUUUAGAAUAUAAUAUCCCCUUUGUGGUUUACAUACGCUUGUAAUGACCCGGACAUGAUUUGUGUACUGCUUUGAACUGCGUUAAGUGACUUGGGUGUUUAUUCUCCAGUAUCUGGAGGGUUCGAGCGGUUCAUUCCCAAUACUGGCUUCUCAGGGAUUAUGAGCUGAUCCUGGUAUUAGCUACCAUGGGACCCACGGUGGGACCUACAACUUUGAAUAAAAGUGCAUAA